GCUAGAUAUAUGGAUCGGAAUAUUAGGGAUCAGUAUCUUCCAAUCAAUUCGAAUACUGCGCCAACUAUCCCACUACCAAUGAGAGGAUGGUGAUUGAAGCCCCAUUCAGCUGGUUUCGGAAUGGCGGGGCAAGCAGCGGCGUGACUAAAUUAAAUACGAGCUCUCUGCAGGAUUUUUAUUGCUGCUCCUGCUGUGCAGCGUUGAUCAAUCCGUCUAGUUCCAUACCACCCGUGUCGCAGAGAGAUAUGGCUAACCGAGAGGACCCGCUGGCCUACGGCCGCUAUUAUCCCCAAGGCUCGACUCGUGGCGGUGAAGGUGAAAGCACAAGAGGCUUCGUUGGAGAUACUUUCAAGAAGCUCAAGGAAACCUACAAAUCCAACCACGCCCAGCAGGGAGCACCCAACAAGCCUCAGCAGUCUCAAGGCUACCAAUCUCAACCCCAGGGCUAUAAUCAAGGCAACCAAGGAGCUUACGGGGUAAGCUGGUCACGUUAUCAAUCUAUUAAUUGUACCCAGAUGCUAACUUCACACCAUGGCCAGAGCUACACUGAGCAAAGCUCAUCGCAGAAUUACACAUACGGGCGUCCUCCUCAGCCUCAAUAUCAAGAUCCACAACACCCGACCAAGCCGCAGAAAGAGGACAAGUUUUCAGGGCUGCUUGGUAAGAUCCAGGGUGCGGUUGCGGAUAUCGGAUCCGACUUCGGUCAACGUAUAGGAACUGCGCUCGACCCGCAAGCAUAUGCCGAAUAUGGUCAUGCUAAACCACAGUCACAACACCGAUUCGGCAGUUUCGCUCCGGACCGACAGGGCAACGAAGUCAAAUGGUAUGUGGACGGGUGUUCCUACUUCUACGCCGUUUCCAAGGCGUUAGAGAGCGCCAGGGAGUCGAUCUGGAUCUUGGAUUGGUGGCUAUCGCCCGAGCUCUACUUGAGAAGACCCCCGACAAAGAAUGAGCAGUACCGACUGGAUCGGAUGCUGCAGUCAGCAGCGCAGCGCGGUGUGAAGGUCAACAUAAUUGUGUACAAGGAAGUCACGCAGGCAUUGACUCUCUCCUCUCACCACACCAAACACUGCCUUGAAGAUCUUCACCCAAAUAUCGCCGUGUUCCGCCAUCCUGACCAUCUGCCGGAUCGCCAGGAGCUGGCUGACUCGAUCUCGACACAUCUCCAGAACCUGUCAUUAGAUGCGAAAAGCCUCGUUCAGAUGUCAGGAGAUGCCAUUAAAGGGAUAUAUGGAGUGCACGACGAUGUUGUUCUCUAUUGGGCACACCAUGAGAAACUUUGCAUUGUCGAUGGCAGGACUGCCUUUAUGGGAGGUCUUGAUAUGUGUUUCGGUCGUUGGGAUACUAACCAACACGCACUGGCUGACGUCCACCCUGAAGACGUGAACGAGAGCGUGUUCCCAGGGCAAGAUUACAACAACGCUAGGGUGCUCGACUUCCAAGAUGUGUCACACUGGGAGAAGAAUCAGCUCGACCGAAAGACAGCCUCACGCAUGGGUUGGUCUGAUAUCUCCGUAAGUUUACACGGUCAUGUUGUAGAAGACCUGCGACGACACUUUAUCGAGCGUUGGAACUUCAUCUAUGAUACGAAGUACGAAUCGCGUAAGGAUGCGAGAUACUCGAAGCUUGCAUUGUACGGCCGACCGAGCUCGUCCUCUCACCGUCCACAACAGCCUGGUACUCCCCAGAAACCAGCUACGUCGCCCGGACCAACCUCGGGUAACCAGGGACCACCUAGCUACCAGCUACCGGCUGCGUCUCCCCGGCCUAGCUCUAGCAGCCAGGGAACACCCAACUGGCAGCAACCCCCAGCAUCUCCACAGCCGGGUCAGUCGGCCAAUUCUCCGGCGCCAGCAGCGGGUAACCAACCCUACCAACCAUCAGCGACUGCGCCGCAGCCUGGUCUUUCGAACUAUUUCACGUCCCCACCGGCGAGUAACCAAGCUCCUGCUAGUCAGCAACAACCUGCUUCUGGCUAUCCGCAAUCGACAGGAACCACCCAGAACUACACUUACACUGGGCAAUCUUUCCCACCACCCCCUCCUGGGCCACCACCCUCUCAGAGCCCUAUACCAUCUCAGGCGCAAGGUCAAGGUCAAGCGCUAUACUUCCCACCUCCCCCAGGACAAGAGUCAUCGCACUCCCAGACACGCGGUAUUGAUGAUUAUCAUGAAGGCACGCGUGGGCAACAUGGUGAUACGGAGAGAGGGCUCAUACCUCGUCGAUUCCGAGACGAAAUCACUCAAUACGGAAAUGUUCUUCGCGGCCAAUUGGCUGGCCAAGUUCAUCAAUACCAGGAUCGUUUAACCACCUUCGGGCAUCCGUCUCAGCAGGCGCGCGGCAAUAUGUGCUGUCAGAUUGUCCGUAGUUGUUCCAAAUGGAGCAAUGGAACACCAACCGAGCAUUCGAUUGCCGAUGCUUAUUCCGCGAUCAUCCGGAACAGCGAACACUUCGUGUACAUUGAGAACCAGUUCUUUAUUACAGCCACCGGUGAUGCUCAGAAGCCGGUCAAGAACCAGAUUGGUGCUGCAAUCGUUGAGCGUAUUCUGCGAGCUGCACGUGCCGGACAAAAGUACAAGAUUAUCGUUGUGAUUCCCUCUGUGCCCUGUUUUGCUGGUGAUCUGGCCGAUGACUCUUCUCUCGGUACCCGGGCAAUUAUGGAGUUCCAGUAUAACUGUAUCAACCGCGGAGGGAGCAGUAUUAUGGAGCUGAUUGCUAAGGAGGGCUAUAAUCCUAUGGAUUAUAUCCGGUUCUACAACCUCCGUAACUACGACCGCAUCAAUCUCAGCGGCCCGCUUGUGGAAGCUGAACAAAGAAGCGGGGUUAGUUAUGAAGAUGCUCGCAAGCAGCAUGACGUGAAUGUUGUUGGACAGGGUGGCUAUGGCCCAGGAGCCCCCUCUCCCCGAAGCGCGUUUGAUACUACGGCUCCUUUCCAGCAGUAUCAGCAAGGUGCUCGCCAGGUCCCUGGCUCCAAGACCGGAUCUGGUCGAUGGGACAGUGUAAGCUCUUGCUACAUGCUUAACGGAGAGGAUAUCCGUAACGUCCCUUGGGACGGUCCCCCUGAGGCCGAAAUUGACGCGUUUGUGACCGAGGAACUUUACGUUCACUCCAAGGUAUGUUUGUUCUGUUUUCUCCGAGUUUGAUUCAUGCACUAACGAUGUGUCCACAGGUCAUGAUUGCUGACGACCGCGUGGUCGUCUGCGGGUCUGCCAACUUGAAUGACCGGUCUCAGCUAGGUGA